AUGUUUGGAUUCGCAAAAAAACUAGUGAACUCAAUAGAGUCACAACUUUCCUACGACGGUUCAUCUGAUCAUAACUCAAGGGUUGACGAAUCACGCCAAGGACUGAGAAUACAGUCAGUGAAGCCAAACUCUAUCGGAUCUGACCAUGGAUUUGAAUCGUGGUUUGACUUUAUUGUUGGGUUGAAUGGAACUGACAUUUGUGCAUAUUUGCAAUUGAACACAGAAACAGGACAAGUAAAUUAUGAGAAUAUGCUGAACUACAUAAAACAUGAAGUCGAAGUGUCAGAUAAUGAUCUUACUUUUAGCGUUUUCUCUUCUAAAGGUUCUGUGCUAAGGGAUGUCAUAAUUACAAGCGCCGAAGUGAAAGACUCCUUAUCCAAGACAACCCCUCCGUUGGAAGAAGUCAGUUUAUCUGCAGAUUCCACAGACACCAUAGGCCUUCAAUGGACUCCUAACUUAGGCAUCUCUUUUCAAUUAACACCUUUAACUACAGGAUUUUUUAUGUGGCAUGUUUUGCGUGUUCAUCCUGGAUCGCCGGCCUACCUAGCAGGAAUUAUACCCGAUGAAUAUAUUAUUCAAUCACAAGAUGGUCUACUUGCCACAGGUGGAGAAGAUUUAUUAGCUAAAGUUUUGCAAAGCCAAUAUGCAAAAGCAGGUGAUGGGUGUGAGGUGGUGCUAUAUGUGUAUAAUUAUGAUUCUGAUUGUGUUAGACCUGUUAGAGUGAUACUCAAAGCUGGUUCAUCGUGGGGAGGAAGGGGUAUAUUGGGUUGUGAUGUAGGUUACGGUUUACUACAUCGGGUACCUGAGGUAAUUGGGAAAUUCCAAACCAAAUCAGUAGACCAGCACCUUCCAGGAAGUGCUUCGACUGUAACUGAACUUGUUCCAGAGGUUCCAUUGACUCAACCCCCUGAAUUCUUACCAUUACAGGUGACAGCUCCAAGCUUUAAAUCGGAUGGUGUCGGUGAGAGUGUGGACGAAGCGGCAAAGUCCGUUGUUAGUAGCACUCACAGAAAACGUGGCCAUCAAUCGGCGCAUACAGCUGUUAACUUGGAGGCGUAUUUUGAUGAGCAGACCGAGAAGAGCAAGGCUGUAGAUAGUGCUUCCACUAAAGAAACUGGAUCUGUUCCACCACCACCACCUCCCCCAAAAAAAGCUUAG